AUGGUCAGUGGACGAGCGCAGCGGUCGCAGGCUCACGGAGAGGUCUCUGAAUUGAAUCUGAGCCAAGCUGUAAUUGCUCUUGCAGCUGGACCUUUGCGUCCAGACACUGGUAGAGAUAUGCUGCUUAUUGGGUCACCAACACAGAUAUUAGCAUACGACGUCCACGACAAUACGGAUCUGUUUUUUAAAGAAGCACCAGAUGGUGUCAAUGUGAUCACAACUGGAUUCUUCGGCAAGCAUACGGAGACCUUGGCCAUAAUUGGUGGUAACAGUUCAGUACAAGCCAUUGACUGGGAGGGCAAUGAGGUCUUUUGGAAUGUCGUUAGCGGUAAAGUUUGUGCUAUGAUUACUUUCGAUUUUGAUAAGGAUGGGGAAAAUGAGCUUCUCAUAGGAUGCGACGACUCAUUUAUUCGAGUUCUAAAAAACAACCAAUUUAUAGCAGAAAUCGCUGAAACUGGACCUAUCAUGUGUCUGUCUCCAGUGAACGAAGUCAGGUUCGCAUAUGGACUAGCUAAUGGUACUAUUGGAAUUUAUGAAGAGGGCAUUCGAUUGUGGAGAGUUAAGUCGAAACAGAACGCACUGGCUCUCCAAUGGUCAGGAGAUACCUUAGCUUGUUGCUGGUCAAACGGGCGUGUGGAUUGGCGUGAAGGUACAACCGGACGAGUGUUACGGCGAGUACAGAUGCGUGCUAAUGCUGCAGCAAUGUUACUGGCAGACUACCGAUCUGUUGGUGCGCCAGAUCUCGUCUGUGUGUCUGAUAAAGGCGAAGUGUUAGGGUAUCCGCCUUACCAAGAAAAUACGGGCUUCAACACGGCUACCAAGAGCAAGCCUUCUGAAGAGGAUCUAUUAGCCAUCACGGAACUAUUUAAUAAGAAGCAGGCUCUUAUGGUAGAAUUACAACAUUACGAGGCCAACGCUGCGAGUGGCAGUGUGAGUCUUGAGAAUCUAGAGCGGCCGGCUUCUGCUAUGCCUACUAAUACUAGGCUGCAAGUGGCUAUUCUGCAUUCUCCCGAGGAGGCUUGCCUACAACUUGCAGUGUCGACUAACAAUGAGACAGUAGUUCGCGCAGCGCUAGUUUUGGCGGAAGGUAUUUUUGAAAGCGGAGAGACUUUCAUUCGCCACCCUCAGCCUAAACAAUUGAGGUCUCUACUCCAUGUGCCCUUGAAACCACCACGUGAUGUACCGGUGGAUGUCCACAUCAAGGCUCUCAUAGGCUAUCCUGAUAGUGAACAAUUCCAUAUCUUCGAGUUGACGAAACAGCUCCCGAGAUUCGCCAUGUACCAAUCGUUUACCAAAGAAGUAAGGAAUAAAGGGAACAGCUAUGUAACAUUUCGCAUCACUGAGAGAGUGCAAAGGAUAUGUAUCUGGGUGAACCAGAACUUCUUAUUGGAAGAAGAAUUGAAUCUUGAGUCAGAAGAAACAAAAGAGCUUCAUAUUAAUCUUCUGUGUUUGAGAGAUCAGUCUUAUUUGUACAUGGACUUUGCAGCAGAUGGUCAAGUAAAGUUUAGCACCCAUGAUAUAAGGCUGGCUGGGGACCUGAUACAGAGUUUGGCUGUCUAUUUGAAUUUAACUGACUUGCAGGUACAAGUAUUUAGGUACCCUGAUUCUUAUAAGAAAUUAUUACAAAAUUCACACUCAUUAGACUCAUACAAACAAUCUAAUUGUAAAUAA